AAUACUAAUAUUUAGAUAAGAGAAGGGUCGUCUAAGACCACACAAUUUGCUACCCCAUCAUAUUUUCUUGUUUUUCUUCAUACCUUCAUAUAAUAAUAAACACAAACACGCAUCCAAAGAAAACUAAAUACACAGUUUGAUAAGAUUAAAAUGGGUUGUGCAUCGUCCAAGCAAGCCAAAGCCAACGUCGUCGCCGACGUCUACAAACCACCGCCGUCCAGUUUUGCGGUGUUUGAUGUCAACGCCAUCCAAGAGCCAUGGCUAAAACUCGAACAAGAAGAAGAUGAUGAGAAACCGCCAUACGCCGCUGUGCCAUCCAAGGUCCUAGACACUCUCGAGGAUGAUGACGAAGAUGACGCUCCUAAAACAUGGGAUGAGGUCAGCAAAUCUUUAGAAACUAAACUUAAACCCGCCGCCGCUAAACCACCGGAAGAGGUCUCCGUUAAACCUCCAGCCACUCCUCCACGGCGGCUUCCGCGGAAGAGCGCAUCCUUCCACACACUGGACGAGCUUGAAGCGAAGGCCAAAAGAAGCAUCGCCGCGCAAAUACCUACGACGGUGGUUAAUAAGCUUAAGAGAACCGAGUCUAUGUCCAAGUUAAAACCCGAGUCAGAAGAUCGGACGGAGUCGACUCAGUCGUUCUACUCAGGGCCUCGGUCAGUGAAGGAGAACAUAUUCGUCAAGAGAGACAGAGAACGGAGGGAGAAAGAAGGGAACAAGAAACCGGUGAUGAACUGGGACCCACUUAGGGAGUUCCCGGAGAAGUGUCCGCCGGGAGGAGGUGAAGGUUUGGUGGUCUACACGACGUCCUUGCAAGGAGUGCGUCGCACGUACGAAGAUUGCAUGCGUGUGAGGGCCAUCAUGGAGCAGCAAGGAGUGGUGGUGGACGAGAGGGACGUGGCUUUAGAUGCCGGAGUGUUGAGCGAGCUUAAAGAGCUUCUUCAAGACGAAGCCACUGUGGCGCCGCCGAGAGUGUUUGUGAAAGGGAGGUACUUGGGAGGAGCGGCGGGAGUGACGGCGAUGAAUGAGAACGGGAAGUUAGGGAGGGUGUUGAGGUGGGCACGUGUGGAGAGAGNGUUUUUCUUCAUACCUUCAUAUAAUAAUAAACACAAACACGCAUCCAAAGAAAACUAA